AGUUGUCAGUCUCCCAGGCAGCGGCUGAGGCUGAGGUUUGGUGAAGAUGGCGGAUUCGCUGUCGACAGGUCCGGGAGAGGAGAAAGAGAAAGAGAAGGAGGGCAGGGAGAGAGACCGAACAGCUGCCACGACAGAGAAGAACAAGGAGAAAGACGGACUCACGGAGACUUUGGGGUUCAACGAUAAAAAUGGCGGCAGCAAGAGCAAGAAACGCAACCUGUCAGACCUGUCUCUGGUCAGAUUUAUAACCACUGAACUCACCAGAGGCUAUUUCCUCGAACACAAUGAGGCCAAAUACACGGAGCGCAGAGAGAGGGUCUACACCUGCCUCCGUAUCCCCAAAGAGCUGGAGAAGUUGAUGACAUUUGGCUUCUUCCUCUGCCUGGACGCUUUCCUCUAUGUGUUCACCUUGUUGCCCCUCAGGGUCAUUCUGGCCCUUUUACGUCUCUUCACGGUGCCGUGCUGUGGCCUCAGGGGCUCCCGCUUGCUCCAGCCCGCCCAGGUGUGUGAUGUGCUGAAAGGCUUCAUCAUGGUGCUGUGUUACUCAAUGAUGAGCUACGUGGAUUACUCCAUGAUGUACCACCUCAUCAGGGGACAGUCUGUGAUCAAACUCUACAUCAUCUACAACAUGUUAGAGGUGGCCGACCGUCUGUUCUCGUCAUUCGGCCAAGACAUCCUGGAUGCUUUGUACUGGACCGCCACAGAGCCUAAGGAGAAGAAGAGAGCGCACAUAGGUGUGAUCCCCCACUUCUUAAUGGCCGUGCUCUACGUCUUCCUUCAUGCCAUCCUCAUCAUGGUACAGGCCACAACUCUCAAUGUAGCCUUCAACUCCCACAACAAGUCUCUACUCACCAUAAUGAUGUCAAACAACUUUGUGGAGAUCAAAGGAAGUGUAUUCAAGAAGUUUGAAAAGAACAACCUUUUCCAGAUGUCAAAUAGCGACAUAAAAGAGAGGUUCACCAACUACAUCCUCCUGCUCAUCGUCUGUCUGAGAAACAUGGAGCAGUUUUCAUGGAACCCGGACCACUUGUGGGUGCUGUUUCCUGACGUGGUCAUGGUGAUAGCCUCUGAGGUCGCCGUGGACGUUGUCAAGCACGCAUUCAUCACCAAAUUCAACGACAUCAGCGCUGAUGUGUAUGGGGAAUACAGAGCCAGCCUUGCCUUUGACCUGGUCAGCAGUCGACAGAAAAAUGCUUACACAGACUACAGUGACUCGGUGUCCAGAAGAAUGGGCUUCAUCCCUCUUCCUUUAGCGCUGCUGCUGAUCAGAGUCGUGACCAGCUCAGUGAAGAUCCAGGGUUCGCUCUCCUUUAUGUGUGUGCUGCUGUUUUAUUUGGGGAUGAUCACGCUGAAGGUGCUGAACAGUAUCGUUCUGCUCGGAACAUCGUGUGUGUUUGUCAAAGAGGCCAACAUGGAAGAAAAGCUCUUCAACCCUCCGCCCUCUGUCGUGUCAAGCCGUGCAAACUCCAGAGCUCACCGGACCAAACAUGUUCACACUUCACCACAGCAAGAACCCACACCUGACAAGGGAGGUGUAUCCCUGGCAUCAGACGUUUCUCAGCCCACCAACGUAGCAGAAAGCGCUGCUCCCACACUCCCAAACAGUGACUCAGACACAUUCCUGACGACGCCAGACGAGGAGGACGAUGAUAAAAUCAUCAACACCGACACUGGACUGGAUGGAGACGGACUCAAACCCAGAACACCCAAGAAAGACUUGCUGGAAAUCGACCGCUUCACCAUUUGUGGGAACCGGAUAGACUGAACGCCAUAGGAACAACCUGUGUCCCGCCAGCACAGCACAGUUCAGGGAUCAGACUCGGGUCACGGAGCGUGCUCAGACCUGACUUUUUUCUCGUGCACCUGACCCCUCAAGUAUUUAUUUAUUUAUUGCUGACAAAACCAGCCAAGGCAUUAAGCUGUUACUGCAAGCAUCAGAGGCACUUCAAAUGUUUCCAGCUGGUCCUGUUCGUGUCCAACGAACCACGUGGACUCGGAGGCAGUGUGAUGUCAUGGCAACACGCAGAUAUGGUUGCUACUGGAGACGAUGAUGGGGGGGGGGGAAGCGGACCGCAGAGACAGAAACAAAACCGCGUAUGUGAAGUCAUGUGUGACCCUCGGAGCGUUACAGCUGGACUGUGCAGGUGUGUGUUCAAAAGCACAAUCAUAUGUACAGUGAGAAGUUGUUUAUAGAAAGAACAAAACUUGUCAAUUUUUACAUGUUUGUUUUUUUAUUUCAAAAUAUCUUGACAAAUUCAGAUAUGUGAAAUGACGUUUUUAUGACCAGUCUCAGAUCUUUUUUCUAAAUCGACCGUGUUCAGCUGGAGGACGUUGAACGCAUAGUAGACGCACCGCCAACACACAUUUACAGUGAUCCAGAUGCUGUUCAACGUGUUAAAACAUGGCAGCAGUGACACUAAGAUAAAGUUAAUAAUGGGUGCCUCGUAUUCAGUUAUGUUACACAGUCUGGCGACAUUUUGCAAGAUUCAGCAUGAAGCAUUUUAUGUUACUACUGAAGCUCUGAUGCUGAAUGGUCAAGGCGUGUAUGCGUAUUUUGAAGUGACCUCUCAAGCCAUGCUGAUUUAGGAGCUAUUUAAUUUAAAUUUUAAAUUUGUCCCCUAGUAUUUCAAACAUGUACAGCUCACAGAGCCUACAGAUGGCAACAACACAUGCUCAUAGCAUUUUUGUAUGUUGGACUUUUUUUUUUUAUGAUGGAAACUGAACUGUGAUCUGACUUUUAGAUUCAUGGUGUGUGCAUUAAUUCCUCACUGUUGUGAGUGGGAGCCGUAUGCAGAUAAACUGUUGCAGUGCUGCUGUAUUGGUGAGACACCUCUAAUCAAGGGGAAGUAACACAACAGCAUCGCAGCCGCAGUCAAACAAGCAGAUUCAGUUGUAAAGGAGAAGAGAAAAGUUUGCUUUUAAAAGUUGCUGGUGUCGUUUGUGGAUGUUGGCUUCGAUUAUUGGAUUAGGGUCUCGCUUCAGUAGAUGUCUGCUCAUUAAUUGGCCUGAGUUGAUGUGAAAGCCGAUGCGUAAUCAAUUAAGCAUAUCAAGUUCAGCUUAGCUCCAGGUCCAUCCUCUCGUGCUAUUUUUAUUUAUUUAAUCCAAAUGAAGAUUCUCGCCAAAAAUGGCCGACGGUCUUUGUUUAGUUCCUCCUUUUGGCAACCUGAAUAUAGUAACAUACACAUUGUAUUUUAUAUCAUCAUAUUUUUUCUAUACAAAACAUAGUUUUUAUACGUGUUUGAUUUAAUCAUUUAUUUCUGACCCCACUGAAAGGAGAUAAGAGUUUCAGCUUUGGUUUAAUGAGUCUCUGACACCAUGAUGUCUUCGCGUGGCGCUAAGACAUCAUGGUGAAGCCUAGAAUCUAUUUCACUUACCAGAGGAAGAAAUUUCCAGGUAAUUAUUGUUUUAAAAAAACAAAAAAAAGGAAAAAAAAAGAUGCUUUGCUUACAUUGAUAUAAAAGUAACACAUGAGAUGAGCAACCAGGUCCAGCUGUAGGAACACAGUCAAUACAGUGAAAUACGGUAAAUAACUGCUAACAUGUCAAAGAAGGAUGAAGAGUGUGUGUGUGUGUGUGUGCGUGGAUGUGUGUGUGGUGUGUGAGGUGUUUUGUGGAUGGAUCUCACCAUCUAAAGACAAAUGUAUGAAUCAGAUAUUUUGUUGUUUUUUUUAUUUUUCAUGUACAGUCUGUAAAAAUCAUCUCCUGUGGCAGAGGGAGAAUAAACGAGACGUUGUUUUGUA